AAAUCGAAAUGCGACCACAUUCUUUAUCCGCCUUGGUCAUAAGUACAAUUCUGAGUCGACCACGUGAAUCUCCGGUCCGUACAUGUUAUAACAAGGAAAACUUUUCAUUACAUACUGUAUUAGUGAAUAACUUAGUCUUCUUAAACAUCCGUCGUCCGUAGAAUUGUUUUCUAAAUUUUCCGGAGAAAUUCAUCGCGGUUGAAAGUCAUGUUGAAAGGACUUGUUAGCCUCGUGACUGGUGGUGGAUCUGGUCUUGGUAAAGCAACUGUAGAAAAACUAAUCAAGGAAGGUGGGAAAGUGUCUAUUUUAGAUCUUCCGAAGUCUGGAGGAGAUGGAGUUGCAUCAGAGUUCGGUGGUGAUGCCAAAUUUUUCCCUGUUGAUAUCACCUCAGAAAGUGAUGUAUCAUCAGCCUUAACCGAUACCAAGAAACGUUUUGGAAAACUGGAUGUGAUCGUAAACUGUGCAGGCAUUGCAAGAGCCAAUAAAGUAUACAAUUUCAACAAAAAUACCAUGCACAAACUUGAGGACUUUGAGGAUGUAGUUAAAACCAAUGUUGUUGGAACUUUCAAUGUUAUUCGUCAGGGCGUAGGCGUCAUUGGUGAGAAUGAGCCGGAUGAAGAUGGAUAUCGCGGAGUUGUAAUUAAUGUUGCCAGCAUAGCUGCCUUUGAAGGUCAAAUAGGGCAAGCUGCUUACGCUGCCAGCAAAGGUGCUAUUGUCAGUAUGACAUUGCCUCUUGCCAGAGAUCUUGGAACUCAUGGGAUUCGCGUUUGCACAAUAGCUCCGGGUCUGUUUGAUACGCCGCUCCUACGUCAUUUGCCAGAUAAAGUAAUUGCUUUCCUAUCCAAACAGCAUGUUUUUCCUCAAAGGUUAGGCAAAGGUUCUGAAUUUGCUGAUUUAGUUCAAGCUAUAAUUUUAAACAAAAUGCUUAAUGGUGAGGUGAUUCGCCUGGACGGAGGUCUCAGAAUGAUGGCGGCAUAGUGCCUCAACAAUUCAAAGUCUUAGUUCUUUAGAAUCGAAGCAAACAUCAAUAUUGGACACUCAAGUGUAUUAUGAAAGUAAACGUAAUCAUAUCCUUCAGUUUUGUAUGAUGAAUGGAGCUCUUCCAUGCACGAGGGAUUUGGGUUUUAAGUAGUUAUUCUUCUCUUACAUUUUGCAAGUAACAUGAUGAUUCCACUGGUUUUCUCUGAAAAACACCAAAGCUCUCUAAGGAAUGGCCGCAGUGGAGGGGAUAUCCCACACUACCCUGAGUGUCCACCACUGUAUUACGACAAACGCUAUGCAAUGAUAGGGAGAAGAUUCAUUAGCAGGGUUGCCACUUGGUUUGGGGACUCCCAAACUGAAAACACGGCAACCCUACUAAUGUAUUUGCUCCUAUUCUUUGAUAGAAACUUUAUCUUUACCUAGAGGUGGACUCUCGAGGUAUCGUGGGGUACCCCUGCUACUUCAGCCUCAACUUAGAGAGUGUUUUAGCUCUUGGCCUGGAUACACGCUAAAAUUUCCGAUCAAAUGGUGACGGUUGCGCACCAUCUACCAUGAAUUUUUUGUGGCCUGCAAAAAUUUGAUGGUAGUUGAUGCCGCAAUCACAUGCUGAAUGUGGCUUGAAUGUGGAAGUCAUCUGCCUGAUGCCUGAAUUUUGCGCGUGACGCGCAAAAUUCAACAACCAUCGGACUAUUGUUGGAUUUGUCUUAACUAUUCGAGUACAUUUGAUACACAUCUGAAUGAAAAUAACUCGAAUUUGCGAAAUUUCAGCUGUUGGGGGAUGACUGUUGACUACCACAUUCAACUGCUAAAUUCAGCGUGUGAUUGCGGCAUGAUGGAACUGUGGGUCUCAUCCGUCAUCUAAUUUCCACACAGCUGUGCUUAUUUCAUGCUCAUUUCAAUCAACAUGCUGUUUUAAUUAAUUUUACUCAUCAAUCCGUAAACUCUCGACCGCCAUUUUUGUCAUCAUUUUUAUUGGAAAUUUGAGCGUGUAUCCAGGCCCUUUGAAUCAGAUUUCAGAAAAAACCAGUGUCACCAUUGUGCUUCUUGCAAAAUUGUACAUAGAAUUCUGUCCAAACAUCGCCAAUUCCUGACACAUGCAAGAGCUCUACUAUUAAGUAGUUACUGCAGGGGUCAAGGUGCAAUAUAAAAUGUUGGUCAAGGUACAGAAGAAGUAUGUUUCUAGGUAUAGAACAAAUACUGGAAGAUAGGGAUUAAAGUAAAUUCCCUGACACAGUUUGCUUUAAAAAGUUUUAUUUGUUUUGAAAACCACCUCUGAUUUUUCUUCUACCAAAGUGUCGGAGAAGGUCUGAAAAUUGAAAAAAUGAGGAGGGCAAAAUUGUUAACAGAACCAUUAUCUUAUUAUUGGAGUGUCUCAAUUUUUAAGAGUGAAGUAGCAGCAUAGGUCGAUGUGUGACCUAUGAACCCACUAUUCUCCUGUUAAAUCAAGAUUAUAUUUGGAUAUGUUUGUCCUUGGUGUGUAAAAUGGCACCCUCCAAAGUUCGGAGUGCUCUACCAAAGAAUUGCGCCCUCUUAUGCGGUGUGGCCAAGUUAUGUACCUUAUACUAGUGCAACUGAUGUGGCUAGAUUUUGAGAUCAAUAAAAGGAAGGAAUAAAAAGGCUCUUAGUUCAUGAGUUAAAAAGAAGAACUAACUGCCUACAUAAAACGGAUGAUCGCAAAGUAUUGAAACCAUGAUCUCAGGAAGUCCAGUUGGGGAGAAGGAAUGUAAAAAAAAAGUGGUGAAAAGGUCCUUUCACCCAACUCUUCUGGUCGGCUAAAAAUUAAUAGCAAGAACCGAAAUUGCCUGUGAGGGGUUCAAAACGAACCGGUCCUAUACAAAUAAGAAAACAGUCCUUCUAUCUAGAAUCCUGCUCCUCUGACACUUACAUAAAAAAAAUUCCCAGGUGGUUCUCCGAAAACUUACUAUACUUUUAAUAAUGAAAAAACUUUUCGAAACGAACCGUGACUUGGAAUUUGCAGUGACCUGUAAAUGUUUUCUUGGUUGAAAGUCAGAGUAAUUAGUAUUCUCUCAGGGCUGAGAUCAUGCACCUCUGCUUUUUCAAGGUAUUCUUAUUGUAUGGAGAGUCCACCCCAAAUAAGUUUCUGUACUUCUAGAUUGCGACAGAAGAUCGGCUGACGUCACAUUUAAAUGUAAAGAAAAUUGAAGGAUGGAGGAUCAUCUGUGGCUGUCUAAAAGUGCACAAACCAAUAUAGCGUGGACUCUAGCACUCUCCAGAGGAUACCUGCUUGCAUUAUUUCCUUAACAUAUUUGCUCUUUAUCUUCUAUUCUCACAUCUGAGGAGCAUAAUAUUAUUUAUUGUCCAUUUUUGCUUCUUUUGAGCAUGGUCCCACUUACGUCUUGAUUUUAUACUUGCUUGUUCUCUUUGUUUUGUUAAGAAAAGAACCGUUGUGAAAUCAGUGAAGCUUGUGUCAAACUUCAUCUUUAGAAAAGAUUAAAUGUUAUCCUAGGUCCAAUUUUGUUAUUUAUCAAAUUAUUAAAAUCGAUCAGUGCCACACGCACAAACUGCCAGAUGAA